AAACUCCAUAUUUCAACGGUCCAGAUUAAUCCUUAUCACCAUUUAUUUCUGUAAAGCUAAAAGCUAAUCCCAUCUCUGCAAAGUGCAAACAUCGACAACAAUAAUUCUGUCCUUUUUUUUUUUUCCCGAGAGAGACACACAAACACAAAACCAGAAUUGUUUGAUCAAAACCCACCUAGUAUAUUUUGCUUUGCUUUGAUUUUGAUUUUGAUUUUCACGAUGUGUUACGGUCAGCACCAAGCUUUUUCUCGGGACAGCCUAAGCUCCUCCACUAGGCAACAACCACCUGCGACUGAAAACAACAACAAUGCGGAGGAUGUUGUGGACAAUCUGAGGGACCGGCUCGCCGACACUGAGGCUCGGCUGGCUCGGGCCAGGGCUCGUGAAGCCGAGCUGAGCCAACGGCUCGAAGAAAUGAAGCGCUUCGUCUCUGUAAUGGAGAUCCUCGAGACUUACCUCAAACGACGAUUCCGUGAGCAACAAGAACACGUUGAUCGUCUCUUCAAAUCUCUACCCGCAUAAAAAAUAUAUUUAUAUAUUUACUAACCCAAAACAUCCUCUCCUCGGUGAUACUGUCUUUUUUCUUUUAAACCCAUUUAUCAGAUUCGCUUGUCUAUACAUGUUUCUUUGACUAUGUUGUUUGUGAUGUUAUCUAAGAAAUGGUUUCAUAGUUCUAUAAAUAGUUUCUCACUAUCAAUGCUGUGCAGAAUUUUAGAGAAAUUUCGGUUUCUGUUGUUUAGUUGCUGAUUCUGGUUAAUCCAGGAGUUCGAAUUUAGCUGAAAAGUAUUGGAAAGUGAGCAAAUUUGAUAUUCUUUCAGGUUCUAUAUGCUUAAUGUUAGAUCAAAUGAUCAAAUUCAUCA